UAGAAUGGGAGCGUACAGAUGGAAAUGAUAAAAGAAGGGAGGAACUCUGGGGACUACAGUUGCAUUACCGGGUGCAAAGAGUUGAUCUGCUGGUUUUGAACCAGAUCUCAAUAAUGAUUCUUUCUGCUCUUCUAACUUCAGUUGGAAUUAACCUUAGCCUAUGUUUUCUAUUUGUCGCUUUAUACUCUAUAUUGAGGAAGCAGCCUGGUAAUAUUGCUGUCUAUGCACCACGCUUAGUUGCUGAAGGAAAUUUUCAAGAGGGUGGUCAAUUUAACUUGGAACGGUUGUUACCUACUGCUGGUUGGGUGAGAAAAGCAUGGGAGCUCUCUGAAGACGAAUUUUUAUCAACUUCAGGCUUAGAUGCUUUUGUCUUCAUGCGCAUAUUUGUCUUUAGUUUAAAAGUAUUUACUUUUGGUGGAAUUGUUGGGAUACUCUUUCUUCUUCCAAUUAAUUAUAUGGGGAGUCAGAUUCGUGAUGAUUCUGAUUUUCAAAACAAGUCUUUGGAUUCCUUCAGUAUUUCCAAUGUUAACAAUGGUUCAAACAGGUUAUGGAUCCAUUUUUGCGCUGCAUAUGUUUUCACUGGAGUUGUCUGCAUUCUUCUUUAUUAUGAGUAUGAGUAUAUUUCAUCAAAAAGAAUUGCUUGCUUCUAUUCAUCCAAGCCCGAGCCUCAUCAGUUUACUAUAUUAGUACGAGGUAUUCCUGUUCCACCUGGAAGCAACUGUAAUGAUGCUGUUGAACGCUUCUUCAUGGAGUAUCACCCUUCUAUUUAUCUUUCACAUUCGGUUGUCCGCCGGAGCAGCAAACUUCAAAUUCUAAUUACUGAUGCAGAGAGACUAUACAAAAGGCUUACCCAACUGAAACAUAAAAAUAACGCUCCUCAAAGGCAUAGACGUGAUGGAUGUUUUGGACUUUUUGGGCAUAAAGUUGAUAUGUUAGAUCAUUAUGAAAAGACAUUGGGAGACAUUGCGGAUAAUGUGAGAAUAGAACAGUCUUCAGUGGCAGGAAAGGAAGUCCCAGCUGCCUUUGUCUCAUUUAAGUCACGAUUUGGUGCUGCAAUAGCUUUAAAGAUUCAAGAAGGUGUCAAUCCCACAGACUGGAUUACUGAGCAAGCGCCGGAACCUCAUGAUGUUUAUUGGCCUUUCUUUUCUGUCACAUUCAUUAGAAGAUGGAUCAGCAAGCUGGUGGCUUUUGUUGCCUGCAAUGCUCUUACAAUUCUAUUUUUAAUCCCAGUUGCACUAGUACAAGGUCUUACCCAUCUUGAUCAGUUGGAAACCAUGUUCCCUUCUUUGAGGGGCAUACUUAGAAUGGCAGUUGUGAGCCAAGUUAUAACAGGGUUCCUUCCCAUUCAGAUUCUUCAGGUUUCUCUUUCCUUUGUGCCACCUAUUAUGAUUAUGCUUUCGUCCUUGCAAGGAUACAUCUCAUGGAGUCAGAUACAAAAAAGUGCAUGCACUAAAGUAUUGUGGUUUACCAUAUGGAACAUUUUCUUUGCAAAUGUACUAUCAGGAUCAGCUCUCUAUCGAUUGACUAUCUUUCUUGAGCCCAGAGAGUUUCCCAGAGUACUAGCUGAAGCUGUACCAGCACAGGCAUCAUUCUUCAUGGCAUAUGUUGUGACAUUCGGAUGGACCACUAUAGCUUCAGAACUCUUUCAAUUGUUUCCACUUUUUUACAAUUAUAUAAAUAGAAUUUUUGUUAGAGAUAGUGAUGAUGACUUUGAGGCACCGUCAAUUCCUUACCACAGCGAAAUUCCUAGAAUUCUUUUCUUUGGUCUUCUUGGUAUAACAUACUUCAUCCUUGCUCCUCUGAUACUGCCAUUUCUCUUGGUCUACUUCUGUUUGGGAUACAUCAUUUACCGCAACCAGCUGUUAAAUGUUUAUGUGGCAAAGUACGAGACUGGAGGAGAGUUUUGGCCCACAGUGCACAACUACACAAUUUUUUCAUUGGUGCUGAUGCACAUUAUAGUAAUUGGGAUAUUUGGGCUGAAGAAGCUUCCGUUAGCAUCUGGCUUGACUCUUCCUCUUCCUAUUCUCACACUUCUAUUCAAUGAGUACUGUCAGAAACGGUUUUUUCCUAUAUUCAAGGCUUAUCCUGCCGAAUGUUUGAUCAAGAAGGACAGAGAAGACCAAAAUGAUCCUAACAUGUCUGAAUUUUAUGAUAAAUUGACCAAUGCAUAUAAUGAUCCAGCUCUGAUGCCAAUCAAAUAUUCGGGAAGGCUUGGUAGUCACAGGUCUCCUCUACUUGUUAGCUCAGAAGUUUAAGUUGAUAAUUAGCUUCCUAUAGCUUCGUUUGUAUACUGAAUUUCAGAAUCCAAAAUUAACAACCUAGAGAGUUCAGCAAAUGG